CUUGGCUCCUGCCGCUGUUCGAGAAGCAUUUGUGUGAACCCGUGACGACAGGCCACAGCCCCUCUGCGGCCGAUAUACACCACAUAAAAGCUCCAGCCUCUGCACCUCGCUUUCUCAGCGCCGUCAUUAGAAAUGUUGCGCCCAUUUCUACUGCUCCUCUGGGGCAUCUUCUACCAGCUCAUCAUCUUGCCAUCUGCGCUCACCGCCGAACCGGAGUCCGACCUCGUGUACUCGCAUAACACGACAGCGUGUCCGGGCUACACCCUCCACUCCUCCUCGCUCGUCGAGACGUCCGCCGGGUUCCAUGCUGCGCUCGUUCUCGCGGGAGACGCGUGCAACGCCUUCGGGCGGGAUAUAAAAGAGCUUCAGGUCGCCGUCACGCACGAAACUGAGACAAGAUUGCGCGUUCAGAUCGUCGACGCCGCCCGAAAACAAUACGUGAUCCCGGACUCGGUGCUGCCGCCGCCCUCCGCCAACGAACAUGUCAAGCCGGGCAAGUCCGACCUGGUGUUUAACUACACCUCCGCGCCGUUCGCGUUCUGGAUCACGCGCCGCUCGGCACCGCACCUGGGACCGCUGUUUGACACGCGGCACACGUCGCUGCCGGCGGCGCCGGUGGCUGGGGGGCCGCGCAAUGUGAGCGUCGGAGGCGUGGGGCUGGUCUUCGAGGACCAGUAUCUGCAGCUCACGACUGCGCUGCCGCGCGGCGCGAACGUGUAUGGGCUGGGCGAGGUCGUCGCGCUCGGCGGCUUGCGGCGCGAUAUCGAGGGCGGCGUCGUGCAGACUAUGUGGGCGAGGGACGCCGCGACUCCGGUGGACGAGAACAUAUACGGCACGCACCCCGUUUACAUGGAACACCGAUUCGACAAAAAGAGCGGCAAGUCGCACACGCAUGCAGUGUUUCUUCGCAGCUCGAACGGCGCGGACAUCGUUCUCGCCACCCCCGAACCGUCCUUCCCCGGGUCUCUGCUACAAUAUCGCAUCCUCGGCGGCACCCUUGACCUGACGUUCAUCUCCGCCCCGCCGCAAGCCGACGCCAGUCCGAUUUCCGUGAUCGAGCAGUACACCGCGCUGGUCGGGCUUCCCACGUGGCAGCCCUACUGGGCCUUCGGGUUCCACCUGUGCCGGUGGGGGUACGAGAACCUGGACGAGACGCGGGACGCGGUCCGGCGGAUGAGAGCGGCGGGGGUGCCCCUGGAGACGAUGUGGAAUGAUAUCGACUUGUAUGCUGCGUUCAGGGAUUUCACGACGGACCCGGUGAGGUUCCCUGAGGACGAGGUCAGGGAGUUUGUUCGGGAAUUGAAAGCCAAUCAUCAACACUACAUUCCCAUUGUCGACGUUGGCAUCGCAAUAGCGACCAACUCGUCGGAUUCAUACGCUCCCUAUGCAAAAGGAAAAGAACUCGACGUGUUUGUGAAAAACCCUGACAUCAACGGCACUGAAUACAUCGGCCAGGUUUGGCCUGGAUACACUGUGUUUCCGGACUGGUUUGCGCCCAAAACAUCGGGUUGGUGGGCCGAGGCGCUCGGAAACUGGAGCAAUCAAGGCGUUGAAUACAGCGGAAUCUGGCUGGACAUGAACGAAGUGAGCUCUUUCUGUGAAGGAUCGUGUGGUACCGGGGCGGAUCUCAGCAACACGACAUGUCCUGUAAUCUUGCCUGGAUCGCCGGACAAUCUGGUGACGGACUAUCCCGAGGGAUACAACUCGAGCCUGUUCGGGCCGAGUGGGAAUCUCACCGUCAAUGGGACCUGGACUUUCAGCUCUCCCACCAAAAUCCAGACAAAGCGUGACGUCGAGUUGGAUUCGAAGGCACAAGAUAUCGAUGUGAAUGAUCCUCCCUAUGCCAUUCACAAUGCAUUUGGACGACUUGCCGUCCACACAUUGGCCACCAACGCUACGCAUUCAGGGGGCUACAUCGAGCUUGAUGUGCACAAUCUCCACGGACUGAUGGAGACCGCUGCGACCCAUAAAGCGCUCGCAUCGCUAUUUCCAUCGAAACGCCCGGUCAUCAUCGCGCGCUCAACCUUUCCCUCAUCCGGGCAUUACGGCGGGCACUGGCUCGGUGAUAACCAGGCGACGUGGGCCUCGAUGGCGUUCUCGAUCCAGGGGCUGCUCCAGUUCCAGAUGUUCGGGAUUCCGUUUAUCGGUGCUGACACGUGUGGCUUCCAGGGCAACACGGAUGAGGAGCUGUGCAAUCGGUGGAUGCAGCUCAGUGCAUUCAGUCCAUUCUAUCGGAAUCAUAACCAGCGAGGCGCGAUCUCGCAGGAGCCAUAUGUGUGGGACAGCGUGGCUGCCGCGGCCAAGAUCGCGAUAAACGUGAGGUACUCUCUGCUGCCGUAUUGGUACACCCUGUUCGCCAAUUCGUCGAGGCACGGAACACCGACCGUUCGAGCGUUGUUCUGGGAAUUCCCCGACGAUCCGAGUUUGUUUUCAGUCGAUCGGCAGUUCUUGGUCGGUCCAGACAUUCUCGUCACGCCCGUCCUGGAGCCGAACGUCAGCACCGUCCAUGGCGUGUUCCCCGGGCACAGCACCGGCACGAUCUGGCGGGACUGGUACACAUACAAGCCCAUCACCGGGCCGAGCGCGACGCUCUCUGCGCCGCUGGGCCACAUCCCCGUGCACGUGAGGUCGGGGGCGGUGCUGCUGCUGCAUUCGACGCCGGCGUACACGACGCUCGAGACGCGCGCGCACCCCUACGCGCUGCUGGUCUCGCUCGACCGGCACGGCGGCGCACGCGGGAGUGCGUACGUCGACGACGGGGACGGGCAGCCGGACGGCGUGGAUCUGGCGUUCCGCGUGGCGGGCGGGAGGCUCGAGAUGACGCGUGCGGCGGGUGGGUAUGUCGUUGCGCAGCCGGUGGAUGGGAUCACGGUGCUUGGGGUGGGGCACAAGCCGAGUCGGGUCUGGGUGGGUGGCGAGGAGCUGCCGGGGACGCGGUGGCUGUAUGAAAAUCGGGAGGGAGCAGAGACGUUGGGUGUCAACCUCAGUGGUGGCCGGGAGAUCAGUUUGAAUAGGGAUGUGGUUAUCGAGUGGAUGUAGAUGUCGAUCAAGCUAAUCGAUCUUAUCUACACCCAUGCAUCAGAUCACGUAAUCAAGUCACACCUAUCUCUCUCUGGACAGCUCUCUGGACCCAUACGUAAACGCAUAUAACAGCAGCGCCUCAACGGAGGUUCGGACAUUGGUGGGAAGGAACACGUAGGCAUGCAAGCGACGACAAUGCACAACGCAUCUCUUGAGCGCGUCAAGAGAAGAUGUCGAGUCUCCAGAGGCACUGCAGAGAAAGCGGGUUUUGUGGACUCCCGCUCUUGUUCUGAUUCCCAGCUUGAUUGAGGACGCUUUGGCUCGACCAGACUUGUGAACUUGUCUCAAACUUGUUCUCCUUCAACAAAUGCGACCCACGGUGUUGCGCCCUGUCAAGUUUCAUCCUUGUGCCCGGGCCAGCGCUGCUUAUGUGCCUCGGCUAGCGCUACAGUGUGUCUGUGCGAUCGAAGGUGCAGACGUGCGAUGCAGAGUCCUAGUCACCUCGGAGUCAUAAUUACGGGGCGUUCCUCCGCACCACACCCGCUCGAACCGCUGCAGUAUAUCACACCGGGCCGGCACUCUCAUCAGGACCAGGCCGCCGACUGGCCUUUCUCUGGCAACGGUCUUGAAUUCAGCUGCAGCAGCACAUGUGGAUCUGGGAUGUCGAUUGGGCUCUUGGCGUUGGCAGUCGGCGAGUCUCUGGAGCUCCGGUCCCGAAGCACGGUGUCUCAUUCAAACCGUGGCCUCACUUCCUCCGCCGAUUUCGCUGUGUUGUUGACAGGACGCUGCUGUGUGCUCAGGACUUGCCAGCCGCUCCGACGAUCUGAUGCUCGCCCUCAGGCUUGGGCAGGCACCGAUCUUCGACCCGCAUGUUCGAGGGGAUGCUUGACGGCAUUGGUGUCAGAAUGCUGGUGUUCCAGUCCCGGCCCGCCAGUGAUUCCGUGUCAGAAUAUACAGUCUCCCGCGCGCCUCGGCCGUCCUGCACACGGUCCGUUGUACGUAAGGGAGCGGGCGGAGGCUGUAUAGUGACAGCAGGAACGCGGAUCGUGAUGAAUGAAGCGCGCGCUGUGAUUCUCGCAGCGGCUACAGGGCAAGGACAAUUGCCUGGCUGAGUCUGCUGGACUGAACCGGGAGAGGGCACUUGCUGGAGAAUCGAUGAUGUCCGGCAUCUUGUGAUGCUUUUGCGCGACUGUGCGGUGUGAGGGUGCGCACGGUAUUGAUACCUGUGACGGAAUGAUACAGUAUCACCGUGCGAGCCUCAUCAGGCGCUCUAUGCGCGUCUUGUAUAAAAGGGCGACGCUUCAGCAGUCUACAACUCCCCAAGAUGAAGUCCGCAUUCACUCAAGCCUGCGCUAUCGCACUCGUCGCUGCCCUGGUCCCUGGUGCAGCGGCCGCCCCAGCACAAGAGUCGCGCGCCAUCGUCGAGCGCGCCGUCACCGGGCCCGUCAUCUUCCUGAGCAACUGCUUCGACAGCGCCGGCAAAGCGCACGGGGAGUUCGACUACUACUCGGACGCCAAGAACACCGUCCUGAGCGGGAAGACGUCCACGCCGACGCUGACGAACGUGGUGAACCCGAGCAGCGCGGUGGACUACGUCGACGGCGGCACGUUCGUGACGGCGGGCACGACGCAGGAGUUCAGCGCCAUCAUCUCGAUCGACGAGAACGACUUUGGCAGCGCGGGGUCGCACGUCGGGAACGGGAAGAGCACGACGUGGUUCUGGGCCCUCGAGUGCUUCGCGAUGGACGCGGCGACGGUGUACACGCCCAAGGCAGGCACCACGUGCUCCAGCAGGAUCUACUGCGCGCAGGGCCCCGCCGAUCCCGCUGACCAGUGAGCGGGGCGCCCUUAUCCAGUAUUUUGUGCGAUUUGGAAUGAAGUUGUGAUGUUUGGAGUGUCUGCAGAUUACAGCGGUGUAUACAUCCACACUCUCGCAAUGAUAAGAUAAGAUUAGAUGUCGUGACACUAGUUGUGACCUCCGUCCAACGUCACAUCCAGGACUCGCCUGCGGUAUCUCUUGCGGGUGAUAUGUACGGUCCUGCUAGCCAGUACUAAAUAUACCAUAUCUGCUGAACGCGACCAUGUGACAUAAUCGCCGGGCUGUCGUUAUCGACUGACAAAGAUUGGAGACCCGUAACGUGAGUGAUACAUACAUACAUCCUUCGGCCUCCCCUCACCGUCGAUGCUCCAUCGUUCAAACUCCGGAUCGCACGGCGAAG